CAGACUCAGACAACCAAGAAACAGCCACUUGCGACGCGACGUGCUCAACACAUUGCUUCCUGACCAUCAUGAAGCCCAUAUACCAGAGACUCAACCUAUUUAUUGACGGCCAGGACGCCUACACCUUUGUUCCCGUGGAACCUAUUGGAGCGCAGUCUCUCACCAUACACAGGGCUACCGGUGAUAUAGUACUCAACGCACCGAACACACCUGUCCAUCCUACCGCCUCGAGAUACGGCAAGACAAUUUAUGGGAUCCUGGGGAUGAUUUCACUGGCUCUUUCGGAGUAUGUGAUUGUAAUGACAGGCCGCGAACACCGUGCGCGCCUUAUGGGCCACGACAUAUACCGCGCGGCUGACUUUGACAUUCUGCCUCUAAAUCCAAAUGUCUCUGUCCAGAAUUCGCCCCACCCAGUAGAGGGACACUUGUUGGCAUUGGUUCGAUCGCAUUUCCUCAGCGGACACUUUUUAUUUAGCUACGGCUGGGACUUGUCGAGGAGACUCCAAGCACAAUGGCAAGACCGGGAUAACGAAGAGAGAAAAGCCUCGUGGGAGGUGGCUGAUGACAGGUUUUUCUGGAACAAAUUCUUACAGUCGAGACUCGCAGACACAGACAUCGCACAUGAUCUCAGUCCUUACAUUCUCCCAAUUAUCUAUGGCACGUUCGACAUGCGCACUGUAUAUAUCCAUGGACACCGCAUCCAGCUUUGCCUCAUCAGUCGACGGUCGCGCUAUCGUGCAGGCACGAGGUACUUCCGUCGCGGCAUCGACCAUGAAGGCCACGUUGCUAACUUUAACGAGACCGAACAAAUUCUCUUGGUUGAUGAGAAAGCCGCCGGACGUUUAUCGCUUGCUGAGAACUUAACACAUAAACUGAGCUUUACUCAGAUUAGAGGCAGCGUGCCGGUUUUUUGGGCUGAGGUCAACACACUCAGAUAUAAGCCUGAUUUGCAGGUUAUGGAACUUCAGGAGACGGUUGACAUGAUUAAGCUCCAUCUUCGAGAUCAACUUUCACAAUACGGCAGUCAAAGUCUCAUUAACCUGGUGAAUCAAAAAGGUCACGAGCAGCCGGUGAAGGAGGCCUACGAACGCGCUAUUUCCAAAGUUGAAUUCUCGGACGUGAAGUAUCAAUACUUCGACUUCCACAACGAGUGCAAACACAUGCGAUGGGAUCGUAUUAGUCUUCUCAUCGAGAAGAUGCAAGAGGAUCUCAUUCAGCAAGGAUAUUUCCACCUCGACGCGGCACAGAAUAAGGUCGUACGAAUGCAAACAGGCGUGAUGAGGACGAAUUGUAUGGACAAUCUGGAUCGCACGAACGUAGUCCAAGCAGCGCUAGCGAAAUGGACACUUACUCAACAAUUGAAAGCCAUUGGGGUGGUGUCCGAAAAUGAAGAUUUGGAUGACUUUGAAGCAUUGAUCAGAGGUUUCCGUGAGAUGUGGGCCGAUCAUGCGGACUUAAUCUCGAAGGCAUAUGCAGGCUCUGGGGCGCUAAAGACAGAUUUCACUCGUACAAAUAGGCGAACGAAAAUAGGUGCACUUCAAGAUGGGUACAAGAGUAUCACCCGAUACAUUAAGAACAAUCAUUUCGACGGCGCUAGACAAGAUGGAUUUGACCUUGUCACUGGGGCUUGGACUCCUCAGAAGAAUCCAGUCACUGCUUCAUCCUUGGUAGCUGAUACGCGACCAUUGACCAUCCGAUCAGUCCCUUACAUCAUGUCGUUCGCGCUAUUCAUGAUCUGUGCUGGACUUACGCUACCAAGGACAUCAGCCGCAGACUACUCACUAUUGUACUACUUCAUGUUGUGGUUCGUUAUCGCUUCAUUGGCUGUCAUGUUCAUGAUGGUGCAUGGUAUCGAGUAUGUCUCGUGGCCGCGGCUUAUCCCUCCUACGGAUAUCAUCUACUACAAAGGACCAGGAUUUCGCUCAGCUCACAACGGGAAGGGCUUCACUGGCCCUCUAGCUCGUAAGUUGGAUCUUGCUAGUCGAUCAAAUUACUUUGGUACCAGGCUACUCUUAAACGGGCGUAAGAGAGCUUUGACGGUCAGUGGGAUGGAGGAGGGGACUAAGAAGAGAGUGGAUUGA